ACGAGGUUUUCUUGUUGACGUGAAAUUUAUAUAAAUUCAUGUCCCAACACUGAAAUUGUUUAUUUUCCAUUUUCUUCACUUUUAUUAACUUCAAAUUAUUGUGUUUAUCAAGUAGAUCGCUCUCUUCCAGAAUUUGAAAACUGCAACUUGCCUUUGACGAUACGUUUUGAGAUGGCCCGCGUUGACUCUGCGUCGCCUGAUGUCGAGGCGUCUGUCGCCCAACAGCCAAGUCACUCGAGGCAGCGAGCACAGCUGGCAACCAAGUCAUUGUGGCAAUCGUUAAGGGACAACCCUAAAGUCCUCUUCAUUGCCUUUUUCGCCUCUUUCGGCGGUCUAGAAUAUGGCUACCAGCAAGGCGUUCUCGGGCAGUCCUUAGUGAUGUAUCGGUUUAAAGAAAACUUCCCUUCGAUAGUGGAUUCGUCCUCGGCCACUGGAUGGCUUACUUCAGUCCUGCAGUUGGGCGGCAUUCUAGGAUCCCUUUCAGCAGGAAUAUGUGGAGAGAUAUUUUCACGAAAGUACACCAUGUUUGCGGCGUGCUGCUGGGUCAUUCUGGGGAGCUACCUAUAUGUUGGCGCAUCGGCAGGCACUGGGUCGCUUUUAUACGCAGGACGUUUCUUCACCGGUGUUGGUGUUGGACUGUUCAGUGGAGUCGGACCAUUGUACAAUGCUGAACUAGCAGCACCUGAGAUGCGCGGGCUGUUGGUUUCUUUCUAUCAGUUUGCGACUAUCUUAGGCAUCAUGCUUUCCUUUUGGGUUGGGUAUGGAAGCAACUACAUCGGUGGCACUGGCGAAACACAAUCUGAUCUUGCUUGGCGCUUACCAUCUAUCAUUCAAGGGAUCCCCGCCGUUGCCCUUGCUUGUGGCAUUUGGUUCAUGCCUUUCUCUCCCCGAUGGCUUGUCAAAGUUGGUCGCGAGGAAGAGGCUCUUCAGACAUUGGCCUGGGUGAGAAAGUUGCCCGCAGAGGAUGACUUGGUACAGAUGGAAUUCCUGGAGAUCAAGGCCGAGGCAUUGUUUGAAAAAAGGGCUUUCCCCAGCACCGCCGAGAAAGGAUUGAUCCGCAUUCAGAUUGCGCAGUACGCAAACUGUGUCCGAACAAUGGAUAAUUUUAAACGUGUGUGCACAGCCUGGUUGAUUAUGUUCUUCCAGCAGUGGAGUGGAAUCGAUGCUAUCAUCUACUAUGCGUCCAAUAUUUUCGUCAGCCUUGGAUUAACUGGUGGGACAACUGCUCUUUUGGCGACCGGUGUCACUGGGGUCGUCUUUCUUGUCAGCACCGUACCAGCUAUGUUGAUCAUUGAUAAGGUUGGUCGCAAGCCUAUGCUUCUAGUUGGCUCUGUAGUCAUGUUCUUGAGCAUGGUGAUUGUCGGCGUGAUUGUAGCCAAAUUCCGCAAUGACUGGCCAGCCCAUGUGGCAGGCGGAUGGACAGCAGUCGCACUGAUCUGGCUAUACAUCGCCGGUUUCGGAGCCACCUGGGGUCCCGUAUCUUGGACCCUUGUGUCUGAGAUAUUCCCUCUCUCCAUCCGCGCCAAAGGAGCGUCGAUCGGCGCUUCCAGCAACUGGGUCAACAACUUCGCGAUCGCAUUCUUCGUGCCACCGAUGCUGCAGGCGUGGAAAUGGGGCACAUAUAUCUUCUUCGCAGUCUUCCUUCUUGCUGGGAUUUUCUGGGUUUAUUUCUUCCUCCCGGAGACUAAGAACGCGACGCUCGAAGAAAUGGAUCGUGUGUUCAAUAGCCAUACAGGCGAACGCGACGCAGAGCUGCUCCGCCAGGCUCAGCGUGAUGUUGGUUUGACGGCUCUUUUAGAAAGCAGGGCAGGAAUCAGCGAUGGGCUGGAGAAAGUCAUGAUGCAGCAGGAGAACCAUGUUGAACAAAUUUAAGAUGAUAUACUCAUAACUAUCGGAGAAUGCUAAGUGAAGGAAGGAGAUGAAGUUUCAAUUUUAGGUAGCCUGCUUUUUUUAUUUUAUAGAUCCCGACGAAUUUGAUCGAUUUUGUCAACCCCUAAGAUAGGGCUUUGCGUACUUAGUUUUCUCCCCUUCGUGCGUACUUGAGCAAGUCAGCUAAUCUUAUCGAAUAUCUGCUUGUUCCCCUUUCAGAUUUAUCCCAUAACACCCAGUUCACAACAACCUUGAUUCUUUGACAGUCCUUGGAAUUAGAUUCUCCU